AGAGUUGUCCGCCUGUCAAAUGAGUGUUCGGGUGUUGAUCUGUUUCCCCAAAUUUUUCGUUGUUCGCAUUAGUGAUUCUGUAGAUUAGUAUUUGUACCUUGUGAAUUUCUCUGCAGAGCCGAGUUAAAGUGGCUGAAACCAAAUCCAGCUUCACUUUGAGUUAAUGAUUUGUAAUUCAGAGUAGUGCUCGUAUGUGCUUUCUGCACUUCCCUGAAAGUUGUUGAUUGUAGAAGAAUUGUGAUGUUGCUAACAUCUGAGCCUAGUUCAGGCCAGUCCAGUCGGGCCCCGUCUAUCUUGGAGAGCCCGACUUUGGCACGCGUGGAACGCGCCCGACUGCGGUUUGAGGCGAACACCGGAAGUACUCACCAGCAUUAUAAAAGCAGUUUUGGCAACAACUUCGUUAGCACGAAGAAUUUUCUUGCUGGAAGAAGUGCAAUGAAUGGAGCAAUUAAGCGAGGAUUGCUUUGGCAACAGCGGGAUCGACUUUUCUCUCGAUGGAAAGAAAGAUAUUUUAUUCUCACUCGGGAUUACCUCCAUUGCUUUAAACGAGCCUCUGGAGCAGCGUUGGAUAGGAUUUCCGACAUGGGUCAAUUUAUGUUCAAGAUCAAAUUAAUAGAUGUUGACAAAGUUGAAUGGUUGAAUAGGCGAUCCUAUAGUGUCAUUGGACUUCAUCUCGGCCGUGAAGGACGUAUUCUUCUUAGAUAUGAACAGGGUUUGGAAGAUUGGUUCGAGUUGCUAGAGGAAUGUACACUAAUAAGCAAAGAGAGACGGCGUAUUUUAAAAAUGGUUCAAGGGUCGCGAUCGCGGGCUUCACUUGCUGCUCCACCAACGCAUGCCUUUUUGCAGGCCAACUAUUUUUGUCUCGGAGGCACGUAUUCAAGUGCUUUGGAUGAUUGGUCAAUGAAUCGUCAACAAUGUACUACUUCGAUAGAUCCUCUUCUGCUUUCGGACUCAGUACCCGAUUUGAAUUCUUUUAAUAACGACAUCAAUCAUUCAAGCCUUAAAAAAUAUCCACAUUCGUCAUCAAGUAAUUUGUCACGCCGGUGUUCAAAUGAUAGCUAUAUAAACACCCGGUAUAUCUCAUCUCGACAAACUCAGAUCAAUUAUUCUGAGACCAAUAAUGGGGUCAGCGAAGAAAUUGAAACGGAUGUUCAACUAAGGCACCCGAAAGGAACGUCAAAUGGCAAUGGAAACGAUAAUAAAGAAGAAUAUUGGAUGUAUUUGAAACCUAGUGGCCCGGCCGACAAUAGUCCUUCAGUUGCCUCGGAUUUAAACUAUUCGACAUGUGAUAGUGAACUGAAUACGUCUUUUGCUCAGCAUUCUAUCAGUUACCGCGCCACCAAGCUUCCACAACGAGACGCGGAAAAUAUCGUGGAUUCCUCUAAAAUUGAUUUGCUUAUGGCUUUAAAUUUCCAUAAGAAACAUUUACCACAAGCAACGAAUAUGAUAGAGAAAUCAAGAUAUAGCAUACAAGCUGGAACUCUCAAUGAAAAUGACUACCGCACAUUGAUGACAUCAAUUAAUACCAGUUGCAAUGAACCUCACGAUCCUAAUCGUAAUCUCUUCCAUAACAUCGAGGAGAAUGUUCCCGGCAGGAAGAAUUCUGUUGUUUAUCGCGAACGAUAUCAAUAUCCAGCAUUAGUAUCUGUAAUUGGCGAAGCAAGAACAAGAAAAUUCAGAGAUCGAUCAUUCUCAGAUUGUCAGCAGUACACUAAACAUACAAUCAACCACAAUACAUCGCCGGUUUCACGAAGUGUAGCCUUUUUCAGUACACCAAAUCCAGUAUAAAAACAAUAGUAAAUGUCUACAUUUCUAUUGGAGGAUAAAACCAGUUAUUAAAUAUUUUUGAUGAGAAGUCUUUUCGAAUGCGAAAAAGUAUGAAAUAAAUAUAUUUUCCUGAA